AAACCCGCCCAUUUUCUGAAGAAGAAAUCACUCAUUCUGCCUUCUUCGACUGCUUGGUGGCGGUCCUAUCUUCUUUUAUGCAAUAUAUCAUACUAUGUUAUUUUUCUGUUAUUUUAUUGCUUAAACAUCAAGCAAUUAGAAUUUUUGUCACGAUCGGGAGUGGUGCGCGCAAUGAAUCCUCUGUAUUCGGACCCCCGCCCCGCCGUGGUCCCGCAACCGGACUUGUACGGUCGCUAUCACUGGUCUCAAUUAACACCGUCCCCACCAGCAACUGACUCUGUGGAGCCCACUGUGACACCAGAAUUGACUACACAAAAUGAAAAUGCCGGUCAGUUUUCCAAUACGGUUGAAAAAUCAAGAAAACCACGCAAGAAAUGCACCAAACGCAAAGUGUUGAACGAUUUCGUCUCUAUUCAAUUGUGCACCACAUGUUUGAAACGUGCCAAUUUUAAUUCACCAUUGUUAAGUUUAACCUUGUGCGAACCUUGCAUUUUUCGUAAUUUCAAAUGAUUUUCCAAUAAAAUUGUUGUAUUGAAUUUUGUUUAAUAGACACUUUUCUCGAACCGUUGUUGGCGCCUAACAAUAACCGAUUUGUUGUCCACCCGAUUGUUCACCGCGAUAUUUGGGAAUUUUACAAAAAGGCCGUUGCCUGUUUCUGGACUAGCGAGGAAGUUGAUUUGGGAAAGGAUAUGAGCCAUUGGGAAAUAUUGACUAGUGAUGAGAGACAGUUUAUUUCGUCUAUUUUGGCAUUUUUUGCCGCUUCUGAUGGGAUCGUUACUGAAAAUUUGUGCUCCCGUUUCUCGACCGAAGUUCAAGUCACAGAGGCCCGAUUUUUUUAUGGAUUCCAGAUCGCAGUCGAGAACAUCCAUAGCGAGAUGUAUGCAAAAUUGUUGGAGGCUUAUAUUAGAGACGACGCCGAGCGCAAUAUUUUAUUCAACGCAAUAACAACUUUUAAAUUUAUCAAGGCAAAAGCCGAUUGGUGUCUUCGAUGGAUUUCUGAUCACAAUGCCCCGUUUUCCGAGCGCUUGGCCGCCGUUGCUGCUGUUGAAGGAAUAUUUUUCAGUUCUUCGUUUGCUGCAAUUUUUUGGCUGAAAAAGCGCGGUUUGCUCCCCGGGCUGACUCAUUCAAACGAGCUGAUCUCAAGAGACGAAGGUUUGCACAGAGAUUUUGCGUGUCUUCUGUUCUCUAAACUUAUCAGGAAACCCGCAGAGUCGCGCAUCACAGAAAUUAUCAACGAGUCCGUGUUGGUUGAACAAGAUUUUGUUCGAGAAUCCCUGCCCACAAACUUGAUUGGAAUGAAUCAGCACAUGAUGUGUAAAUAUGUUGAAUUUGUCGCUGAUCUUCUGCUUGAAGAGUUGGGUUACUCCAAACGCUACAACACAAAAAACCUGUUUGAUUUUAUGGAAAACAUAUCAAUAGAGGGAAAGACAAACUUUUUCUAAAAACGCGUUUCCGAAUAUCAAAGACCUGGAAUGAUGGUUGACGAAUCUGAAAAAGUUUUUGACCUUUCUGCUUUAUUUUGAUCUUUCCACACAUCUUGUUAUCAUCAUAAACCCCGCCUCUCUUUGCCUGUAUUUAAACAACCGUACUUGAACGCUUUUUUCUUGGUUCAUUUUGUUAUGCUUAUCUUUUACUAGUUUACCGAUUUUUUUUUAGCUAUGGGUGAUGACGACCGUUGCAAGACGGGAAUUCUUAUCCGGUGUCUUGGCGAUCUUCAAGAAAUGGAGGACGGCUACCUUCGCAAAAUGGAAGUCAUGGAGAAAGAACAGGUGGCUGCCGAAAAACGACUUGUUGAAUGCAGGGAAGACGUUGCAAAGUUACGGGCAGAAAACGCACAGUUGGCGACCGAUAUCGACAAUCUCAAGACUGCAACCGAAAACACCGGACGCCUCAAUGCAGAAAUUGCCCAGUUACGAACGGAACUGUCCGCCGUGCCCCGCCCUUGUUGCGCGGUUUGUCACGAUUCAUACGCCUCCCGCGGUCCAAAAAAACCCAAGGUUUGUUCCUGUCUGCACACUUAUUGUGGCGCGUGCAUUAGGGAAAUUUCGAGCCGCCACAAUGGUGAAAUGAAAUGCCCCGAAUGCGUUGCGGACGUCCGCAUACUGGGAACAAACUUUGGGAUAACAAAUGCGUUUCGGUCAUGAACCACUUGUCACUCUUCACUUGCACUUGGACCACUUGUUAGUUUACUAAAAACUCUCCCCUCCGUAGUCCCAACCAAUUUGUAUAUACUUUUUUUCAUUUUUCAAUACAACGUUUUUGCACUGUUUACCCGCUAGCUAUUUUCCCCACAUUUUGAUUGUAGUAACCACAUUUAAUCUUUUUUCCCUCCAUUCCAUUUGUCAUUUUUCCCGUGAGCAUUAUAUUUAAUCUUUUUUUUUAAACAAAAUGUUAAAUCUAUUUCCCCCACAUUUUUCGAUUGUCAGUUUUCCCGCGAGCAUUAUUGAGUUUAUCAGUUUUCCCGUGAGCAUUAUAUUUAAUAUUUUUCCCGUUUGUCAGUUUUCCCGUGAGCAAUACAUUUAACCUUUUCUUUUACCAAAAAAAAACAAUAAAUAUGAGUGUUA